GGUUGAGCAGAGCGUUCUCGCGCGCCUCUAAUGUGUCAGCGCCAAACAGCAGGAAAAAAAAAACUUCGGCAAAAAUGGCGGAGGGUGCAACGUCUCUCAAAGGGUUGCGGGCUCAAAUGGCUGCAGCUGCGCAGGCACAAGCAGAGGAACGGCGCAGCCAGGCAGGGAACAGCCCAACACCAGCAGCUCCAGCCAUCACAACGAAGAGCCAGACCAAACCAGUCAUUGAUGGGGCAGCUCUGAGGAUAGACGACAAACUUCGAGUGGCCAAAGAGAGGAGAGAAGAGCAGGAAAAGCAACAUGCGGCCCGUGAGACUCAGCUCCUGGAGCGAGAGCGCAAGACCCGGCUGCAGGUGGAGCGUCAGAUGGAGGAGAGACAAAAGAAGUUUGAAGAGCAGCGCAGGAAGGAGGAACAAAGGAGAGCUGCAGUGGAGGAGAAAAGAAAACAGAAAUUAGAGGAAGAAAAAGAACACUAUGAGGCUGUGAUGAGACGUACCCUGGAGCGCAGCCAGCGAGUAGAACAGAGACAGAAGAGAUGGUCCUGGGGUGGACUUUCAGACUCUGACAACAAAAAUGGACAGAGUGACAGUGGCUCCAGCUCCUCCCUGAUUGCUAUAGUUAUCUCCCCUGCUUCUCCAGCCUCCAAGCCACCCAGGAAUCAGACGUCACAAGAUAAGCGCUCUUCCUCUACUACGAACCUGAAACAGACUGACUCAGUCAUCAGCAAGCGUCUCUCCUCAUCCUCUGCCACCCUCAUUAAUUCUCCUGAUAAAAGUGCGAAGCGGAGAAGUUCAUCUUUGAACCGGUUGCCUAGCAAUGGUCCUCAGGCCUGUAAAGAAGCUCAUAAGCAGCCUCAGGUGGAAAAGACAGGCCCAAUCCCGAAGAAGCGAAGCUCCUCCCUCUCUCGAGUGGGGGCUAAAACACAGCCCGCCACCAAACCAGAGAUAUCCACAGCAGAUGAAUCAGCUCGCCGCUCGUUGGCCGCCCCCGUGGACAGCGGUGUCCUCAGUCGGCUGCUCACACCCACCCAGGCCUCACUAGCUAGAAGCAAGAGUGCCGUGGCCCUGUCUGCCGAAGGAGGCGAUGCCCAAGAGUCUCACCUGUGUCCUCGUUCAGCAUCUGCCAGCCCCAUGCAGCCCGCGGCCCGCGGAGCCCUACGCAGUCGCAGCAGCGACCGAAAGAAAGGCCCGCCUACUUCUGUGUCUGCGGAUGCCAUCUCCAGUAUGACACAGAAAGGUGAGAAGGAGAAGCGUUUCACGUCACCAGUUGGAAAACGCCCUGCCUCGCCUUCCAGUCGUCACCGAUCCCCGUCUCCUGCUCCUGCUGCUAACACCACCUCAAGAGCGCCCUCACCUGGAGCAGCCAAGCAGAGUCCACGCUUCCGCCCUCCUUCCCCCAGUGGCUUGAAACAGCGUCCUCCAUCCCCUCAACCCUCUGCCGCAUCCAAACCUCCACCUAUCCAGAAACCUGCUCUAACCCCCACCGGCCCGCCCACCCUUCGCAGGAGGGAUUCCAAGCCAAAAGAUAUGUCUCCCAUUAUGCCUGUCGCCCCACAGUCUCCAGAAACCAGCACCACACCCACACCAACACCCAAGACCAAAGAGGAAUCCAAUUCCAAAGCCAACGCAGGAACCAACUCAGCCGCUGAGGCUUCCAAGAUCCUGGCGGAGAACCGUCGUCUGGCACGCGAACAGAAGGAGAAAGAAGAGCUACUCCGCAUACAGAAAGAAGAAGAGGAGCGGCUGAGGAAAGAGGAGGAGAAGCGUCUGGCAGAGGAGGAGCGCUUGAGGCGCGCAGAGGAGGAGAAGAGGCUUGCGGAGGAGAGGAAGCGAGAAGAGGAGGAGCAGGCUCGUAUAGCAGAGGAGGAGAGACAGCAGACAGAGCUAGAGGAGCAGCAAAGACAGGCUGAGGAACAGAAAGAGCGUGAGGAGGCUGAAGCAAAGGCCCUAGAGGAGGCAGAAAAGCAGCGUAUAGAGAGAGCACUCGUUAUGCAAAAGAACCAACAGGAGCGCAUGGAGAGAAAGAAGAGAAUUGAAGAAAUUAUGAAGAGAACCAGAAAAACAGACCAAAUGGAUUAUAAGAGUAAUGAUGAUGAGAGAGACAUUCCUGAUGAAAAUGGAGAGGAGGCUGAGGACCAAAUAAACUGUGAAGAUAAGGAGAAUCAGGCUGUUGAGUCAGAGCAGAGUGCCAAUGAGACAGAGCCGUCAGACUCUCUGGAGCAUUACUUGCCUGUGGAGGAGCCAGAUGUUAGUAUGAACAGACAAACAGAUGUGGAUAAUAAGGAGAACAGCAAUGGACCAAGCACAGAAGAUCCCUCAGUGGACAGCAGCCCCCCUCCCAAGUCCUGUCUGAUGGAGGGCUCUGAGUUUGUGAACGAGGACUCUAAAGUGAGCCUGGUCCCUGGGUUGAAUGGUAAAGGAGGACCCUGGACCUUUGAGGAGCUGAUCGAUCUGGGUGUUCAUGCGAAGAGCAAACCCCUGAUGGACGAUGGGGGCCCUGAGGGGCCUAGAGUGGCCUUUGAAGAGAAAACCAGCUCAGUUCAUCCAGCCCAGUCUAUUGAAACCCUGUCCGAGAUGUGAAUGCGCAGGUCUGUUUAAGGCCUGCUGAUUAUUGCACUCCACGAGUCACGUCCAGCUGAGCCUCAGAGUGUCAGCGCUCAGACUCGCCGCACAGAAAGCGCACAGUGCCGCACAGCCUCUGCAGAUAAUAGAUGGAUAAAGCAAGAGAAAAUAAACACAAGUUGGAAGAAAUGAGCUGAAGACAUGCUUCAGGGAAAGUGAUA